CGGACACAUUUUAUCUUCUACAUUAACUUGAACCUGGCGUUACUGAAGACGAUGCUUCGCUCUGCAGCUGUCAUGACACGAUUGUCAGGAGUUCGUGACGUCAGCCCAGGGGUCCACCCUUCAGUUCGGCUUGAAACUGUUAGUUUGAGCCAGUCGAUGGUCUCACGAUGUCCGGAGUUUGCAGAUCUUUAGCCUUUCGUUUUGUCUUGGUUUUCUACGGUAUUAUUAUUACAACCACAGAUGCGCAGACACCGACUCCUUCUCCAGCUCCGGCUCCAUGUGCCUUGAGAUCCAACACCAGUUGUGCUGAAUGCCUUCAGAAUGUAACAUGCUUGUGGUGUACACCAACCAAACAAUGCCUGGACUACCCAGUGAGGAACAUCCUGCCCCCCAGCAGUGUGUGUCCACUGAACGAUGCAAGAUGGGGAGUGUGCUGGGUAAACUUCCAGAUUUUGAUCAUCACCAUGUCAGUGCUGGCUGGCAUCAUCAUCAUUGCCAUUCUUGUCUGCUGCCUCUGCUGCUGCAAGUGUGAAAGAGUUGGAACUAAGGGAGAAGACGCAAAGGUGGAGCGACAAACCCGUGCGAGGAAGAGUCGUCAGAAAGCGAAGAGAACAGAAAUGCAGCUGAGGCAUGAUGAAAUCAGGCAGAAAUAUGGUCUGGCAAAGGAUAAUCCAUAUGCCCGUAUGAAUGAUCAUUAAGAAGAAUCUCAGCAAUGAUUCCUUAGAAAAAAUCCCUUAAGAUGAUCUUACUGAUGCCAGUAACAUUGAGAUACAUAUGCAGGAUAAACUGCACGUGAUUAUCUGAUUUGAUUUCAGUGAGUCAGUGUUUGCAGGAAAAUGUCACCAAGAUGCUCUGAAGAAAUUCUGACUCAUGCGUUAUGUUUCAAACACGGUCUCUUCAUCUAAUGAUUAAUUUUUUAUAUGUGGCUCUCCGCUAUUAUGCUAGAUUAAUAUUUCUUAUGCCUUUAUGUGGCUGUUAAUGGUUAUGUGGAAAUCUUUUCAGUUAACUUCAGUCCACACAGGAAACUAGAUGUGAGGGCAAAUCUUUUAAAAACAUAUAGUGCACCAUGAUAUGCAAACAUUAUUGUUUUAUUUUGCACAAAAAUAUUACUAAGAAUUCUACAACUGCAGAGCACCUCGGAGCCUGUGGUGCGUCUUUAAUAACCAGCAGUUUUAUUUUCAUACUAAAUUUGUGAUACACACUAUUUAACUGAUCGGCAUUCAUGUCUUAAGCCAAACCAUUUAUUUUUACAUACAAAGUUCAUUUAUGACAUGUAACACAUUGUACAUGUUUUUUUUUUUUGCUAUUUUAAAUGUUGAUAAAUAUAAGAGUUUGUUUCAGAACUUUCUUGUAUAAAAGAAAUGUGUGUUCUUGAACUUACAUGCGAGGUAUUUCAUGUUUGUGCAGCUGUUGUUAAAAAAAAAAAUUGUGACUAUUUCUAUUGAAAUUUAAUGAAUGUGAUUUUUCUUUUGUGUGAUAUAAGUUUUAAAUCAAUUUCCAAAUUCACAAAUGCGCCAUUUUUUCAUCCCCAUCCCACCCAAAUCCAGAAACAAGAGGGGUCAUCCAAAACACAAAUUGGCUUUUUAAAUUAUUAUUAUUAUUAUUAUUUUUUUUUUUCAAGAAAAACAAAGAUCUGAUAGAAAGUAUGGAACCAUAAAUCCCACUUGGAAAUCCAUGUCAUUAAUGUGCUUACACCUCACCCUUUCAAUUAUGCAGGAAAUACACACUCCCCAUUUGCGGAAGACAUUUUCUGCCCUAUUCAUACAUACUAUGUGUCAUUCUAUUAUAUGCAGCAGUCUUUCCUAAAUCUGUCCUGGAAGUUGCAUUUCAGUCCUAAGAAUAAUUUGCCAUUUGGUUAUUAUUGCUAUCUUGGCCCACCCUUCAAUGAUUACAGCAAAACAGAUAGUAGAUACAGUCUUCUGAAGAUACAAACUGCAAACCUGUGAGAUCACAAUAUAGCUAUGAAUCUUCAUCCAAUUGUUGAAUUUGGGGGCAUGUCCAAAGAAUCCUUAAAGUAUAUAAGUCUAUAACCCAGUGAGGGACAAUGUAAAAUUCUAUAUUAAAUGAGCCUUAUUCCAAAA